ACGCAGACCCAUGGAGGAGUUUGGGAUGAAUUAGGGGCUUUCAGAGGACGCAUUCGGAGUGUGCGCACCUGCGUACGACCAGCAGUGUCCGCAAUCGGCAACCUUACAAGUGAGAAGCUGCUCCUCCGUCUCAAACCGCCUGUGGGGAAGGAUUUCAAAGCGCCUGAUUCUAACAAUGACUGAAAUUUCUCUUGGAUUACAAACUAUGAGGAGCUUUUCCCUCGCGUUGUCCUCUGAGCAGCUGUAACCAUCGUGUCCAGACACCGAUACGCACCGUCCUCUGACACGUCUCUACUUGUGGUCACCCUUCGAGGAAACAUGUCACCCAAAUUACUGGCUUAUGUCUUACUUCUGUCUGUCCUUCAGAACUGCUCUCUAACAGUCGAGUAUGAAGAAGACUACGAGGAUGUCACUGUGAACCAAAUGCUGGCUCCUAAAUCACAAGACACCGACACCACGGAAAUACUCAACAAUUUACUGAAAGAAUAUGACAAGAAACUGCGACCGGAUAUUGGAGUUAAACCAACUGUUAUAGAUGUCGACAUAUUUGUGAACAGCAUCGGACCAGUGUCAUCAAUAAAUAUGGAAUAUCAAAUUGACAUCAUCUUCGCCCAGACGUGGACAGACAGCCGUCUCAGAUACAACAGCACAAUGAAAAAAUUGACUUUGAACAGCAAUAUGGUUGGACUUAUUUGGCUACCAGAUACCAUCUUCAGGAACUCCAAGAAUGCAGAUUCCCACUGGAUUACAAUGCCCAACCAGCUGCUCAGAAUAUGGAACGAUGGGAAAAUACUUUACACCUUAAGGCUGACAAUAAACGCAGAAUGCCAACUGCAGCUACACAACUUUCCAAUGGACGAACACUCCUGUCCACUCAUCUUCUCUAGCUAUGGAUACCCACGAGAUGAGAUGAUUUACAAGUGGAGGAAGAACUCUGUGGAGGCGGCUGACCAAAAGUCUUGGCGUCUCUACCAGUUUGAUUUUAUGGGCCUCAGAAACACUACAGACAUAAUCAAGACUACAGCAGGUGACUAUGUGGUGAUGACAGUGUACUUUGACCUAAGUAGAAGAAUGGGCUACUUCACCAUCCAGACUUACAUCCCCUGCAUCCUCACCGUCGUCCUCUCCUGGGUGUCCUUCUGGAUCAAAAAAGACGCCACGCCAGCCAGAACAGCUUUAGGUAUAACCACAGUGCUGACAAUGACUACCCUCAGUAGUGUGGCCAGGACGUCACUACCCAGAGUGUCUUAUGUCACUGCCAUGGACCUUUUCGUCACCGUCUGCUUCCUGUUUGUCUUUGCUGCUCUGAUGGAGUACGCAACGUUAAAUUACUAUUCAUACAGCGCUCGAAGACCCAGCUGCAUGGAGCCGAAACGAUCGAACUAUUCCGUCCUGGAUGUGAGACCUCCGCACACAGUCAUCACUUUAAACAACUCCAUGUAUUGGCAGGACUUUGAGGACGCUUGUGUCUACGAGUGCCUGGACGGAAAAGACUGCCAGAGCUUCUUCUGCUGCUUUGAGGAGUGUAAAGGAGGAGCAUGGAGGAAAGGACGCCUCCACAUAGAUUUACUUGAACUGGACGCAUAUUCGCGCGUCUUUUUCCCCACCUCCUUCUUGCUGUUUAACAUUGUCUACUGGGUAGGCUAUCUCUACCUUUAGCACACUGCAGGAGCCUGUUUGGUCACAGAAGGAGGACAACACAGUAUAACAGGAUAAAUUCAAGAUUAAUUAAAAAAAAAAAAAAAAAAAGGUAACACCAAAUAAACUCUUUCCUGUGGUACCUGAAGCAGUCACCCGGAGAUAAAAAGAGAGGACAGGGUGUGUCUGCAGGGCUGUGCCGAGCAGAGAUUUCUGCCUCUGUGACUUCAGGUAUGAGAAUACAACACAAUACUGAUUCCCUUCGAUAUGCUGUACACAGAGGGAGGACAGGAUGGACUGUGUGCUGAUGACAAUUUGAAGACAAAGAAGGAAAUGUGCUUUGCACUGCUACCCCAAACUCUCAAUCAGGAGGAUGACUUGUGUUGUAGGGAUUGUACUGGCACGUUAUUAUCCAGCCAUCAGUCAAAUCCAGUUGAUGAAAAUCCAAGGACAUUCAAACCAUUCAUAGUGCCUUCCUCUGGAGGGGUAGAUACUAUCUGCUACAAUAAUCAGGGAAUAAUGAUUUAUAAAAACUAAAAAAAAAAAGAAGAGCCUGGCUUUGACUGAUUGUGGCUGUUCUCAUUCAGAGCUUUGAGUUACAGCCAUUUGUUGUAACAACCACAUGUAAAAUCAUUUAUCCCCUCACACUGACUUUCAGCCAUUAGGCAUGACUUAUUCUUCCUGCUUGCAACACUAUUAGUAUCCCUAUAUGGUAAAAUAAAUAAAAGGGUUCCCAGGGAAGAGAAUUAUUUCAAUUGACCUUACAGCAGAAUAAUAGUAUGUGUUUUGUUGGUAUAUCUUGUUUUACGUCAAAUAUUUGAACGGUUCUUUGUAUUUUAUUUAUGUUUGUGUUCGUACAGGCACAGCUCUCUCAUCAGGGUGUCCUGGAUGUGCACCCAGGGGCUCGAGGGACAAUAAAAUGAUUAUGGGAAAGUACUAGCCCAAUGUACACGUUCAUUGAUAUAUUUAAAAAAACAAACAAUUUCCUUUAAGGGAUUGGUUUUGGGAUAUUUGGGGAAAUAUAUGUCUUACUUGCCAAGAGUUUGAGGAGGAGAUUAAUAGCAAUAAUGUCUGUAUGCUAAUAUGCAGCUAUAGUCAGCAACUGCUUAGCUUAGCUUAAAGACAAAGCAACAACAACAUUUGCCUACAAGCAUUUUGGCUAUUUUAUAGAAUAAACAAAGAAGAUAUAAUUAAUGUUAAUUAAUGAGAUUUAAAAUAACUUUGGAAGGCUAGCUGUUUCCUUCUUUAUGCUAAGCUAAGCUAACUGGCUGCUGGCUUUAGCUUCAUAUUUAGCAUACAGCUGUGAGAGUAGUAUCGAUCUUCUCAUCUAACUCUCCGCAAAGAAGUGAAUAAGCGUAUUUCCCAAAAUGUCAAACUAUUCCUUUCAAAGAAAUGGGCGUGUACUUUUUUUUACUCAGCAUUACUGUAGAGGUUUUAGGGGUUGUAAAAAUACAUUUUGGGUUAAAUAUAAUUACAGCCACACAGAGGUUUGUUUUGUCUACCAGCUGCAUUGUCACAGAUUGGGGCCCUCUGAGAUAGAACACCCAGGGAACACAGGCAGCCAUGUGCAUAAUUCAAGUGUUAUUUUUCUAGAUGUUACACAUAUUCACACCAUGUAUUGGUGUUGCACAGCAGCCACUUCUUGCCAGAGCUCUUAACAUGCACUAGAUGAAGUGAAUAGGCAAAGAAUAGUGUUUCUUCUCUCAGCCGUUGACUGACAAACUGACAACCACCCUUCAGUUCUUCUCGAAACACAGUUGGUGAACGGGACGCCCCAAAUGAAAUAUAAUGGGUGUCAUUUGUACAUUACUGUAGGCACAAAUAUGAUAAUCCCACUCAUUUGGAUCACUCCUCUCUGUUUGGCCGUUGACUCUUGUUUGCAUGCAAUAGGCAAUUUAACACUACCCUGAAGAAGUUGUAAUACGUUCGGAGAUAGAAUUAUAGUUUUAAUAUGGACUGUUUGUAACCUAAUUUGAUUUCCCUGUUUAGAUUUGGCAUUAGCAACCGUUGAAUUGCCUUAGUGUAGCCCGCCCAGAGCUGAGAUGAACACCAGAAAUACAAAUUUACCUCUGAUAAUAACCUCAGCAUGGUGAAGACCUCACUUCAGCAAAGACUACUUCUUUGCCCUGGGCAAUAUACUUUAGUAGAACUUUUUAUAUCCCUUUUUUGAGCUGUUUUCUUUUUAUUAUAUUUGCAAUGUUUGUGCCAAAUAUUUCACAUAUGUGCCCAGUCAUUUAUGUUUUCAGGCAAGUUUUAACAACCCUAAAAUGGUCACACUAUUAUGUUUUGGUACUGCACUUAGUAUAGUGGUGUAAAAUAAAUAGUAUAAUGCUAGCUUUUGAAUUAUUUAGUAUUUAGCGAUUGUUGGGGGUUGAUGCUGCGUUCACAUUGUGGCAGUAUGCCGUAGAUGGGAAAGUGAGCUCAUUAUUUCCAACAGGAGAAGAAUAGUAUACUCAGCCAGCACUGGAGCAAAGUGCCGCCUACUGUGCCUGCAGACAAACAAGAUGCUGAAUGAAAAUGGAUGCAGCCACAUAUGUUAGUGCACCUGUUCAUUGCGUCUCCUCAACAAACACAAAGUACUGAUAGCAGUUCAUCAGACUGUCUUUCUGUGGUUCUUUUCUUUGGCAACAUGGUAAUUUAUACAAGUAAUCAUACUCAAUAAUACUACUACUAAUAAUAAUAAUAGUUAAUAACAAACUGUAAUCUGCUACGCGUGGCAUUUUGUUGGCCACAGUGUGAAUGCAAAACUAUUGUUUUAUAUCACGUUUAUGACCCGUGUUUGUUUUGCAGUGUUAAUUGAUUCAUUACUCUGUGGAGCCCAGAUGUUACACAGUUCUGACUCCCUUCUGCUGACAGAUGAAGGGCGAUGCAAUAAGGUAUUCUGAGCGGUGCUAUACUUAACAAUAACUCUUGCAUUACCAUGUUAGGAUCAAACCAUUUGUGGGGCAUUUUUGCCUUCAUUAGACAACUGACUGAGAGAGGGUAAGGCAUGUGACAGAGAUCCCACGCUGGUUCACCUUCACCAGCUGAACCACCAGGAUGCACCCGUUUGUAAGUUUGUAAUUCUGCCAAUAUAAAACUUAGAACAGGGGCCUGACUGUUAAAAUCAUACUGUCAACUAAACUCAUUCUUGUCUCACUCUGUAUUUCAGGCAAUAGUGUCUAAAACACACAGCAGCAACAGACACAAGAAAGCUCUUGCAUCAUUUAGCUUUUCUUGAGUAAAACUCAAAUGUAUGAGGUCAAGAGUUAUUGUGAACAUGGCUCUGGUGGGUCCUUGAAAGUGAAUUAUUAUCACAUUUUCUGUAAGAUCUUAUUGAGGCAAUUUAAAAAUAUUUUGUUACAUCAAAGAUCCAGAUUGAAAUGAUAUAUUGUCUAAUGGUUAAAUAAAAACUGUAGAUUGGAUUUGUUGUGCAGGUGUUACUUUUGACUUAAGGGGUUUACAUAGAACAUUCAUCUCUGUGAUGACAGACAAAAUGAAUUCACUGUACCUUUAAACUGACACAACAGAUUUUCCAUUGGCUGUGCCCACCUCUCCCUACGUGCUAUUUGAAGUUCAAUAAGACUAAUUCCCACCCUCCCUCUCAUGUUUGCUUUUGAUUUUGCAUCAUGUUGUGGACAGUCCACAUUUUUCAGUAUUAUCUUUGAGACUCUGGGAAAGCAAAGGGGAUAAACACUGGGAGGGAUUCAGGCUGGGAUUUGAUCCUAGGCCAGUAUGAGUGUGUGGCUCCAGACUGAACCAGUCAACCAGCUCUGGCCACCGUGUCAUCUGUGCCGAGGAUCAGUAGGAUUAUGCAGAUGGGGCAUGUGAGGGACAGACAUAUAGACAUGAAAACGUAUCUGUCUGCCACUAAUGUGCUAUGUAAAUCCCUUGUAAAGAAAGUUGUGUGUUUUUGUGAUUCAGAAGUUUUGUAACUAUAAACAGAGAGAAUUUUCAGUAUUAGUGCAGUUUUGGUGACUUGAAAUACAAUAAACUCAGUGCAAACACUGCAUUGAUUCUAAGCCACAUGCAGUAAGUAUUAUUGUGAUGAAUAAGCCAAAGACAUUUUUGUUUCAGUUUAUACACUGAUGGUUUGAAUCAUGUUCGAGGAAAUUGUUGUGUUUUGGGUUUAAAAAAAAAAAGAGUAUGGCUUCAGUUGUAUUCAGUGCAGUACUGUGAAGUGUCAUUUGGUUUGAAACUAUGAGCGUAACAGAAAUAAUUAGCCUAGAAGUGCUCUAAGAUUGGUUGAUGUCAUUGGCCAGUUCAUCCACUCUUGUAUUAUUUGUGGCAGAAGUCUCACUAACAGCUACUGUACGUGCUGAAGGGGAUUUUGACAAGUGUCUCUGCUGCUGUACACAAAGUGUAUUUCUACCACAAGCUUUCAUUCUUGUUAUCUGCAGUGUAUUUCAACAGUGGUGAAUCAUGUUUCUGUUGACAUGUAUUAUCUCCUAUCUAACUUACUCUAUACACAAUACUCAACUGUACACUUUUUCUGCUUUGUGUUUUCAUAUUUGUGGCUUCAGUGUGACAUAGAUAUAUCAUUACUCAAUGGUACAGUCAAGUGCAAGUGUUGAGAUUGUACUCCUCAGCAGCGUGGUGUCCCGUGAGUGGGGUUGUUUUCAUGAUUUUGCGCCUUCGGCUCCAGCAUCUACAAUCCAUUUCUGAUGGCCCAUGCUAUUUUCAUACCUAUGGUUCUUUUUAUAUUUGAAAUGUGAAUUGCUACCAAGGACCAGAAAAUAUGGAAUAAAGUUUUUUCAUAAAUGUACAUCAUUGCAGUCAGUUUUGCACUUUAAAUGUCUUUUGUUUAAAUGCAUUUAAAUUGAAGCUAUUUUAGUAUUAGCAGAAAUGUGCCUCCUGAUAGACUGUAUCUUACCUCAGCUGCUUGUUGUACCCCACUGGUGUUUUGUCAAAAUAAAUUUUGGAAAAAGUGA